GAAAUUCUCUUUCUUGAGAGCUUUGAACAAAAUGGCCCUCCAAUGCGGCAAUGUCUUCCAAACUUAUGAUGAAGUCUCGAGUCCAACAACAAUUCUGAGUACCUCUUUAGAUAAGGUACUGGUAAUCCACCCGCAAAGAAGACAAAUCAAACUAUCUCCAAGUUGCAUAAGUUGGAUUUGGUACUUCCUUCUCAUUUGAAAUAUCUGCAAUAGAGAUGUACUUGCAGAGAUGGAAGUGGAUGAUGAAGUUGUUAAUCUUGAUAAUAAUUACAUGGAUCCACAGCUCCGUGCAACAUUUUCUUGUGAUAUUUACAAGCAUCUGCGAGCAUCUGAGGUAAAAAAGAGGCCUUCCACAGACUUCAUGGAGACAAUUCAGAGAGACGUAAAUACCAACAUGCGGGCAAUACGUACCGGUCGAUUGGCUUGUAGCCGUUAUUAAUUAUGUCUGUGAAUCACAUUCUGAAUGCCAUGUAGAAGUUUUGACCAUUUUUGCUGUACAAAUAACAAUCAUCAGAGACUUUGUUGGCUGUACCAUCCUUCAUAGUUACAAUCCUUCAUGAAAUUAAAGCUGAAAUUUUAAG